UGUCUGGGGGCGGGGCCGUGCGGAGGGGACCGGAGGCCGGCCGGCUGGUGGGGCUCCGCUCUCGCAGGGAACUUCACCCUGGAGAGCCGAGAGGCGCGGAAGAGCCUUCCCGUGAGGUCUUCCCAGGGACCCCCUGAGCUCGGCCACCAUGGAGCGCGCCCCGCCCGCGUGGCUCCGAGUGACCGCGGUGCUGCUGCUCGUGGCCGAAGCCGUGCCGGCCAUGGUCGUCCCCAACGCCACCUUGCUGGAAAGGCUUCUGGAGAAGUACGCCGACGAGGAGGGGGAGUGGUGGACGGCCAGGCACCGGGGGAAGAGGGCCAUCUCGGACGACGACAUGCAGGGCAUCCUGGACCUGCACAACAAGCUGCGCAGCCAGGUGUACCCCGCGGCGGCCAACAUGGAGUACAAGACAUGGGAUGUCGAGCUGGAAAGAUCUGCAGAGUCCUGGGCUGAAACUUGUUUAUGGGAACAUGGGCCUGGAAGCUUGCUUCCAUCCAUUGGACAGAAUUUGGGAGCACACUGGGGAAGAUACAGACCCCCGACAUUUCACGUGCAGGCCUGGUAUGACGAGGUGCGGGACUUCAGCUACCCCUAUGAGCACGAGUGCGACCCCUACUGCCCCUUCCGAUGUGCCGGGCCCGUGUGCACUCACUACACUCAGGUUGUGUGGGCAACAAGCAGCAGAAUAGGCUGUGCCAUUAAUUUGUGCCAUAACAUGAACAUCUGGGGGCAGAUUUGGCCCAAAGCUGUCUACUUGGUGUGCAACUAUUCCCCAAAGGGGAACUGGUGGGGCCACGCCCCCUACAAGCACGGACGGCCCUGCUCCGCUUGCCCACCUAGCUUUGGAGGAGGCUGCAGAGAAAAUCUGUGCUACAAAGAAGGAUCAGACAGGUACUACACUCCCCGAGAAGAGGAAACCAAUGAAAUUGAGCGGCAGCAGUCCCAAGUCCACGACACCCACGUUCGGACAAGAGCGGAUGAGAGUAACACAAACGAAGCUGUAAGCACGCAGCAAAUGUCCCAAAUUGUUUCCUGUGAUGUGAGAUUAAGAGAUCAGUGCAAAGGAACGACCUGCAAUCGAUAUGAAUGCCCUGCUGGCUGUGUGGACAGUAAAGCUAAAGUCAUUGGCAGUGUAUAUUAUGAAAUGCAAUCCAGCAUCUGUAAGGCUGCGAUUCAUUAUGGCAUAAUAGACAACGACGGCGGUUGGGUAGAUAUCACGAGACAGGGAAGAAAACAUUAUUUCAUCAAAUCCAAUAGAAAUGGGAUUCAGACAAUUGGCAAAUAUCAGUCUGCUAACUCCUUCACGGUCUCUAAAGUGACAGUGCAGGCGGUCACCUGUGAGACCACCGUGGAGCAGCUCUGCCCCUUUCACAAGCCGGCUUCGCACUGCCCCAGAGUAUACUGUCCUCGUAACUGUAUGCAGGCAAAUCCACAUUAUGCUCGUGUAAUUGGAACUCGAGUUUAUUCUGAUCUGUCCAGUAUCUGCAGAGCAGCAGUGCAUGCAGGGGUGGUCCGAAAUCACGGCGGCUAUGUUGACGUCAUGCCCGUGGACAAAAGAAAGGCAUACACCGCUUCUUUUCAGAAUGGAAUCUUCUCAGAAAGUUUACAGAAUCCUCCAGGAGGAAAGGCAUUCAGAGUAUUUGCUGUUGUGUGAAAUGGAACCCUUGGAAGAGGAACAUAAAGACUAUGCCAAACACCGUGUUUCUGAAGUUGUAUAAAACUGUAACAUUACUGUACAGAAGACCGCAACUACUUUCAGCCCCCCAAAAGGUGCCAAAUGCAUAUAAAUCUUGAUACACAAAGUCUGUAAAAUAAAACAUGGGACAUUAUUAGCUUUGGAAAAAGUAAUGGAUAUGUAAUGGUUUUAGAAAUCCUGUGUUAAAUAUUGCUAUAUUUUCUUAGCAGUUAUUUCUACAGUUAAUUACAUAGUCAUGAUUGUUCUACAUUUUAUGUUAUAUUAUAUGGUGCUUUGUAUAUGCCACUAAUAAAAUGAAUCUAAACACUGAAUGUGAAUGGCCCUCAGACAAUCAUCUGGUACAUUUAAAAACAACAGUGAUAAGAAUAAUAAAUCUAAAAAUGAAAGAAACCAUGUUAUUACAAUUCCCCAGUUUGAUGCUAUGCCAUUACCUACUCCAACUCAUCUCAAAUUAUUUUCCACUUAUUACCUGUACAGUUUUGCUCUUCUGUUAAGUUUAGGCAUAUAGGAUAUUAAAUCCUGAUGCUGUAUUUCUUAUUUUGUAUAAAAAAAUUCCUUAAUAUCCAAAUGAAUCUGUUAUAAUGUUUGAUUCUCUGGGAAUGGCUUUAGUAGUAAAUGCAAUGAAGUCAGAGUGGUGGUAGGAAACAGUCCUAGUGGUCCUAAACAAAGGGCUAAGCAUGGGCAGCCAGAGCUUUCUGUGUACUGUUCACACUGACGUCACAUUUUCUUUUGUAUCCUGGAAAACACUCCUGCAGGCCAGGAAGUAUACUAGCAAAACAUUGAACAGAGAUGAACUAAUGUAUUGCAUCACCAUUGCCACUGAUUUUCUUAAUGGUACAUGGCUGUGUGUAUAAAUGUUGCCAUAUUAUGGUACCUAUAAUGGUGAUAUGUUUGUUUCUAUGAAAAAUGUAUUGUGCUUUGAGACUAAAAAUCUGUAAAAUGUUAAUUUUGGUAAUUUUUUUUUAGGCUGGUGAAUUUACUCUUUCCCUGUAAACAUAUUAAAAUAAUCGUGUUUCAAAGUAUUA